AUGUCGGCGUACGACGACAGCAACGUUGCCGACUGGCUGCUGGCGUUCAAGAUCCAGAACGGCUUCCUGGAGGUGGUGAAGAACAACGAUAUGCGGGAGACUCGCUCAGACCCAGGCGAUCUGUUCUACCCCGAACCUUCGCUUCACGGCCACACCGCGGGGCAGACGGUCUAUUGGGCCACCAGGGACGCCGCCUACGGCAUGAAAGGCACCGUCGUCCGUGGGAGCAGCCGCUUCAACGAGGCUUCGUUGUUGGUAUCGUUCAAGGGCGAGAACUACCACGUCAAGCUGGACGCCUUGUCCACGCGCCGCCAAGUGAGAGGCCCCUUUCGGGGGGGUCGGGCGGCCGGCUCGCCAGUCGCGGAGGCCAGCGAUGGCGGGGAAGUUUCCUCGACGCGGCUCCACGGCUACGCCGUCGGGACAACUGUAUUCUGGAACGUCAAGAAGCGCCAGCUGCUUGGGCCCCGGAAAGGUGAUUCCAUGCACGGCAUGAAGGGCGCAGUCGUCGGCGAGAGCGACGAGUUCACGGAACCGCCCCUGCUCGUGGCGUUCAAAGGCAGGGACUUCCACGUCAAAGUAAACGCCAUAUCCAGAAGGCGCCCAAAGAAAAGCCCCCGUGCGACGUCACCCUUCGAAGUUGCCGACGCCAGCAAUACUGCAACCGCUGACUGGUACGAGGAGAGCGACGACGCCUCGCCGCAGGUUGUCGGCGUCGGUGACGCACCCAGUGCUGCUCAAAGAGGGCGACGUGCGGCGGCGGGCACUGGGCUGCCUCACAUCACGAUCGGCACGCAGCUGCUCUUCGUGGCACUGCUCGACGCUGUAUGUGGGCCCAUUAGCAUGCGCAAGGCGCCGUUCGCAAAUGUGUGUCUCAAAAAGAGCUUACGAAACCUUGGAUACAAAGUUGCGAUUGAUGAGGACGGGCCCUACUAUGCUCUGCGCGACGGCAACCGCUUCCUCGAGCCGUUCGGGAAGGCAUUAAAGUACGUCCAAGGUCCCCGCCCCGAUGCGUUCCCAAUGAAGUACGUGGUGCACGUACACGGCUAUCAUUUCAUAGCCGUGAAAACGUUCGAGGAUGGGUAUCAUGUUAUUGACGACAAGGAGUUGCUCCAGUUUGACGAGAAUAUUGGCGCCCUCGUUGAAGCAUUGGGACCUGAUGCGACCUGGUAUGCCGUCACCGACGCCUCCGAGGUUUCCGAAGGCACAGACGAGUCGGAGCCACAUCCACGGGAUUCGGGGGGGAGUUCUCGUUGCUCCAGCGACGCGGGCCUGUGGCCCAACGGUGCCGCGAGUGCUUCUGAUCGCACGGAAGAAUCGGUAACGGAAGGGAUGAUGUUCGAUCAGCAGGCGUUUGGCGCUUAUUUGCGGCGUCUCGACGACGAGGGCGAUGCGUCCGACGCUGACCAGAGUUCGUCUGCUCCGGAUGACGCUGACUCAGAGUCCACCGACGCCCCAGUGCUUUCCGAUGGCACAGAGAGGUCGGAUGCCGAUUCACUGGGCGACCCGCAUCGGGGGCAGCCGCAACUGCGGCAUCCGCGGCCCGUCCGUUGCGGCGAUCUGGAAGACGUCGACAGAUGGGGCGGCAUGGACUCAGGGGAAUUGUAUCCCGACGACGCCAGGCGACGCAUUCUGGAAAAAUGGGAGCCUGCGAAGUACAGGCGCCUUCAGGGAUUACCAGGGCCAGCAUUGCAGGCGGAAGUCGAGCCCGACGGGGGCGACGUGAGAGAAGCAGCGAAGAGAAUCGUCGCCAAAACAGACGAACUGCUACAAGCAUGGGAUCCCCAGCCCGCUGGCGCCGAAUAUUACUGCAUGAGACUUCUGACUAUGUGCGCCACGGAGACAUCGCAUUGGAACGCGAACAACGACCUCCUCGUCACCCGCAUCGCCGCCCUGAUCUUGUCCGACGUCGUCGCCCACACGGACGGCGUUUACAUUUACAAGCAGGGCUCGUUCGGUCGGUCCGAGGAGAUCCCGACGACUCAUAUGUACAGAGUCGAAUCGGUCCUUUCAAUGACACAAAUGAUGCUCGUAAAACUCAUGAAGGCAAACGCCUUGCGCAACGUUGAUACCGUGUUCCAGUUUUUAGAGAGCGACGUGGGGACUUGGGCGUCUGGGGACCCCGUAUGCUCUAUCGAUUUACAAGGCAAGAAAGAUGGCGUGGCUGCGUGGGCGCACGACGCGUGCAAGGGGCUCAGAGACAUCGUCGGCCGAUUUACAGGCAAGAUGCAGUCUGAGAGGCUCGUUGAGCUGCUCGGUUCCUGGACCCACGUGCCCAAGCCAGAGGCGCCGUUCGUUUCGGUUGCUUUCGAGGAUUGCGCCAUCAAGAUCGACGACGGCGCCUCGAGCGCUGCCGAGAGGAUCGUCCAGAUUCCGAAGAAGAGAGAAAACCUAUGUUACUUCGGCAUCCCAAUACAGAUUGUCCCCGCCCCACCGCAAAGCGUCGUUGAACGGCUAGCGCUCUUCCUGGCAACUUCUUUUGCGGGCAACGAGGCAGGCCGCGAGAUGGAUCUCGCCAUGGAGGCGCUUGCGUGGAUGGGGCUCCCAACUCCUCCUGUCAUGGUCAUGCUGACGGGAAACGGGGGCAAUUCGAAGUCGGCGAGAACAGUGUUGCGGAACAGCGUGUUCGGCGGGCAUCACGCCGUCUUGGCAGCUGACGUCGUCCAGGAACCGCAGGAGGUCAGGAAGCAGGGCGGGCAGUUCGCGUUCGCCAAGUGUCUCACCGUCCAAGAAUGCGCGGCUGGCAUUGCUUUAUUAGAAGAGAUCUGGAAAAAGUUCGUAUCCGGGGAAUUUAUGGCGUGCAGGCCUCUGUUCGGCAAAACCACGCAAUACUAUAGAUGGUUGACGUGCGCCAAGUUCUGGGAGACGAACAGACAAUUCCCACGUAUUAACGGCGAUUAUAAAAGAUUUCAUGGGCUCCGCUCCAUUUGGCGGCGUUUGAGGGUCGUGCUAUUGAAAUCUGCAUUCACUAGCAACCCUGGCUCGAUCGACGUCGACGAGGCUGUGCUUCGUGAAGAUGCUGACUUGAUGGCGUUUUUGGAGGGCGACCAGACCCGCCUCGCUUACAUCAAGUUCUUCCUGUGGCCGUUCAUUCAGGAAUACACUGCCAGCCGAUGCCGCCAGGUGCUCUUGGACCCAGAUCAGUCGAUUGUCGAAGAAACCCGAAGGGUCGUCGCUCAGAUGGCAAACGGCGGCCUCGAGGUACCAGCUGAGUUCAUCACAGAGGCCGAAGACAGGGCGCAACUUGAUGCAGCCAGAGGGAUCGUCGAAGCUGAUCAUAGAGAUGCAGCGGGCAAGGCGACGCUGAAGCUGUACCAAGUCAACGCGACGUGCAAGUCCGUGCCUGGCGCGUACAGACCUGGGACCAAGGGAAAAGCGACCCGACUUGACAAUCUCAUGGGCGCCAUCGAUCGGUGGCCUCACCUGAUAGAUGUAAACGAAGACACGAAGGAGCUACGGUUCCUGAGCAUCAAUUACGCGAAGUUCUCCGAGAUCAUGGGCAAGUACGACGACGGCGUCGCGCAGGUCAAGCAGCUUCUCGAGGCCUACCGCCUUCGCGGCAGCAGGCGCGGCGAUUGGGGGGUGCUCAAGGUCGCCUACCACCGCAAGCAUGGAAUACCUGGCAGGCGGUACGCGGCAGGCCCUGCCAUGCAAUCUUUUUUGAGCAGAGGCGCCAAGAGCAUCGCCAUGACCACGGAGAUCGGGGCUUCGGCGGGCGGCGACAUGAUAUUCGUUGACGUAGAUAUAAAUAACUGCUUUUGCACCAUUCUCGUCAACCUCCUGAGAGAAGCCGUUGCCGACAUGGAGGAUUUCCGGAUACUCGUUAGUUUCAGCGAGAACUACAAACAGUGGCGGGCGUUCAUGAUGGAAUACUUCGACAUGCCCCCGAAGGCUGCCAAAAAAAGCUUAAUUCGGUUGGUUCGCUUGGGGAAGCCAUCGCACGACAUUCCUUUCUUGUGGAACUUGUCAGUGCAAAUCCACGCAGCCGUGGACAUCGUUCUGGGCAUGGACCGUUUUGGGUACUUGGCGUCCCACUUCUCGGAGAGGCCGAAUCCCCGUGGGUCUCGCAUCCACUUUGCUUUGGCCGCGGUGGAAGAAGACAUCGUGAACGACUUGGUGCGCGGAUUACCCAGUCACGUGCCGAGUUGCGAGGUCAAUGCCCUCAUGCUGGACGGGGCCAUAAUGCGGAUGCAAGAGUCGAGUUUUGAUGCUCUACUUCAGCACCUCGAGAACGUGGGUUCCAAGCACGGCGUGUCGUUCUCGACCGACAAGUUCGACAGGCUCGGCGGCGCGCCCAUUGCUUUCUCUGCAGACCUGAUGGGCAGAUUGAAAGAAGAAGUAAACGCCGCAGACCUUAGUACGUGCAAGGCGAUGGUGAUCGAGAACAUGGCGAAGAUGGAUCAACUACAAAUCAACGUUUCCUUUUUGACGGGUGCCAGGCAGCAUGGCGGCGAAGGCUACUUAGGACGCAGCGCCCAGCUUCUCCGUGAUUCCGUUGGGGUCGACAAUUUGCGGAAUGCGAACAAUGUCCGUGCUCGCGUCAUCCUCGACGUUCGCGGCCCCCGCUUUGCUGUCGACGACCAGGGCAUCAGGAUUACCCGCAACUACCGCGUCACUCCCGAGUUUCUGCUCCUUGUGGUGUCCUUCAACGAUAGUCGCACGCAGAGCAAGUACUUGCGAAUUCGGGACCGCAUCAUUGAGCACUACAUAUCGCACGGUAGCGAACUGAGCUUCGCGGUGCCUACCAUGAAUACAGUGUGGGAGCAAAUUGACAAGGCUGGGGUUCAGAUCUCUGCGGCAUAUAAAAAGAAGUGCGUCGACGAGUUGAGCUUCCGCGUGAUGUCUUUCGAUUCAUCAUAUAAAUGCACGCUAGCUGUGGUCGGGCAGACAAGCCACGGAAAGAAGAAGGACGAUUCCGAUCGUUCUGAGUUCCACUGCGUACACGUGAUGAUCGCGGACGGCGUGCCAGUAUCUUGCAAGCCAGGGUACAGCGAAGGAGUUCCAGAACUUUCAGAUUUCAUCAAGGCAAACGCAACGCUUGCGCAAAGGCGCCAAGCGGAGAUUAUCCUUUUUGAUACACCGGGGAAGUGGGACAUGCAGAAGGCGCAGAAACUCUUUCCGAACCUAAAAUGCGUCGGCGGUGACCCUCUACACGCGUGGAUGGACUUGGUGAAGUUCAUCAAGGAGGGUGACCAGCUGAGCAGGGACUUCAAGAAAAUCGUUCUGAAGUUCAAUGGGAGACCUGCGCCGAGUCUGAAGGCGAAGCGCUACUUCGACGGGAGCCAGCCCAGGGGUCGGGCGCACGUGGAUUUCAAACCGUGCCCCUCGGAUCUUCGCAAGGCGUAUGAACGUUUGCAGACAACGGCUUACCAGGAAAAGGCUUACCUGAACCACAAACAGUAUUGCCUUGACAUCAUGGCAGCGAUGAGCCAGAACGAGAGGUCGUGCCAGAGACCACUCACAGGCCGCAAUGCCCAGUCGACGGUCAGCGAUCUCCUCUCCAGGUACAUGGCGCCCGCAAAGUAUUUGUACUACCAGAACAUAUCCGUGUACAGAAUGAGAACGGGGCUGCCGUGCCAAUACGGGACAACUCCUAAUGAAGCAGUCAUGUUCCAGCUGAAGGCGUACAACGCCAAUGUUUUCGCAUCGACUCGCCAGCGGUGUGAGUUCACGUUGGACUUGUUCACCUUCGGGAAGGUUGCGUCACUGCACAUGAAAAGAAGAGCGCCUGAAGGGAUGUCCAAACUUUCCCCCGCGUCUUGUCAUGCCCAUGCGAUGGCCCUCCUGAGGCGACAGCUCGAGUUGGGACAUGUGAAGGCUCCGAGCUCGAAAUGUGUAGAGGAGUGGCAGGAUCCCCAGGUUGUGACAAAGGGGAGCGCCAGCGCGCCAGCCAAGCGCCAAAGGCGCUGCAUUCUGUCAGUUUGA